AAUAAUAUAAAAAAAAAAAUAAUAAUGGGUUUACCAAUAUCACCAAAACGUAAACGAGUAAUUUUACCGAUAUAUAAACAAACGGAUCAUACACCAGCAUUUUAUAAAGAUCCUUUUACGAAUAAAUUGAUUCCAACAGCUUAUUUUUUAAAAAAUUUAGACGAGAUUGGACCUCAGCACUGGAGGAAUAACUACACUUCCGAUUUUUUAUUAAGAGUCGUCAGGACGACUGAAAUUGAUUAUUAUUGUAAUUAUUUCUUAUCUUAUUCUAACAUAAAUAAUAAUGAAAAGGGUAAUGAAAAUAAUGUACCAAUAAUAAAUUGUAGUAAUUCAAAUAUUUCAGCUUCUGAAGCCGCUGAAAUAACUUGUCAUUUUAAUGUCAUGUUAUAUAAUUAUCAACAGCAGCUUUAUAAUAUAAUUCAUCAAUCUCAAUCACAACAACAACAACAACAACAACAACAACAAC